AUGGACUCCACAGCUCAAAAGGCGUUUGAGUUGGUGAAGAAAAAGAUGUGUGAAGCGCCGGUUCUAGCUCUUCCAGAUUUCAUGAAACCAUUUGAAGUUGAGUGUGAUGCAAGUUCAUUCAUGGCAAAAGAAGUUGAAUGCAAGGCUGCUAAGUGGGUGGAAUUCUACAAUCUUUCAACUUUGCAACCAAGUACAAGAAGGCAAACCAAUAUUGUGGCAGAUGCAUUAUCAAGAAGGCAUAAUCUUCUUGGAAUCAUGGAAACUAAAAUUCUUGGUUUCGAGGUCAUGAAGGAAUCAUACAAAGAUGAUCUUGAACUCAAGGAAAUCAUGGAGUCUUGCAAAAAUGGAGUCCACGGUUCAUUUGUCAUAGUAGAUGGUUUCCUUUUCAAAGGGAACAAACUUUGUGUUCCUAAAGUGCAAUUCGAGAGUUGUUGA